UAAUCAACACUCACUCCCUUUUAUUUUCAUUAUGAUAGGGUCGGGGGAUCUGGCAUAGACAUGAGGAGUAAAGCAAGGACUCUCUCAGGACCGGUUAAUGACCCUUCCAAGCUUCCCAAAUGGAACUAUGAUGGUUCCAGCACUGGUCAAUCUCCUGGAGUUGACAGUGAAGUGAUCUUAUUGUAAGCCUCUUUUUCAUUUAUUUUUUUGGGUACAGAAAGCCUCUUUUCCUAAUCCCAUCUGACCAUAUAUCUUCUUAGUACACACUUCUAAAUCUUGUAUCAUUUUCUGGUAAAUUUGGCCCAUCACAUAUUUAGGAUUGGUUCUUUUCCAAACUUCUCUUAUUAAAAUGUAGUGAAUCUUAAUCAAAUACAACAGUCCACAAGCAGCUUUCAAGGAUCCAUUCAGGAGGGGUAAAAAUAUGCUGGUUAUGUGUGAUGCUUACACUGCUGCUGGGGAACCCAUUCCUACCAACAAGAGACAUAAUGCUGCAAAGAUAUUCAGUUAUCCUGAUGUUGUUGCUGAAGAACCCUGGAAUACACCUUGUUGCAGAAAGAUGUGCAAUGGCCACUUGGAUGGCCUAUUGGUGGUUUUCCUGGGCCCCAGGGUCCAUACUAUUGUGGUAUUGAUGCUAACAAGGAUUUCGGACGUGACAUUGUUGACUCUCAUUUCAAAGCCUGUCUUCAUGCGGACAUUAACAUUACUGGAAUUAAUGCAGAAGUGAUGCCUGGUCAGGUAAUUUGAAAAAUAAUUUUCAUAUUCAUCAUUCUUCAGCCUUAUGGUAUCAAGACAAUGUUGAGUACUAGACACAAGGUCAGUCAUAAAACUUAAUGCUGAUAUAUUAUUGUAUCCUGCCAUUACUCAAUAUGUUUUUACUUUAAUUCUGACUCCUUUUAAUUCAAUCCAUUCUUGAUAAUGUGUUGUGGGAGUUCCAAGUUGGUCCAUCGGUUGGCAUCUCUGCGUGUGACGACUUGUGGGUUGCUCGCAACAUUUUGGAGGUUGUUAGGACAUGACUACUCUCACUGUCAACCUCAGUCUCACCAUCAAAUUCUUUCUUUUAUAAAUAUUCAGCUAAUAUCUCUAUUUAUGUUAACAGAGGAUUACUGAGAUUGCCGGGGUAGUGCUUUCCGUUGAUCCUCAACCGAUUAAGGUGGAUAAUUCCACUCAUCCGGUUUCAAUUUUUUUUUCACCUGACUUUGUUCCUGAUUGGCAUUCAAAAAUUGAGGGCACAUUUGAUUCUUUAUAUAUACACACUCCAAAC